GUUAUCUAGAGUUACCACAAGUCGAGUAUAAGCCAAAAACAUUGACCCGAAAACAUUUUGAUACCAAAAAUGUUUAUAUUAUGGACUGUCGUUCCGAUGUCUUUGUUUGGAUUGGAAGAAAGUCCGCCCGUUUAGUGAGAGCCGCGGCCCUGAAGUUAGCGCAAGAGUUAUUUUCAAUGGUUAGCCGCGCGGAGUUCGCUGUUGUUGUUCGUUGUCUCGAAGGCACUGAAACGCAAACAUUUAAAUCGAAAUUCAUCAGUUGGGAUAACGUGGUUGGAGUGGACUUCACUCGAACGGCAGAGUCCGUACAGAAAACGGGCGCCGAUCUGACUAAAUGGGUGUCAAGCCAUCAAAUGAAGAUCGAUUUGUCGGCACUUUUUAUGCCACGACAGCCGUCGAUGUCUAAAACAGAAGCCAAUCAAUUGACUGAAGAGUGGAACGAAGAUCUCGAGGCGAUGGAAGCGUUUGUAUUGGAGGGCAAGAAGUUUGUGAAACUACCGGAACAAGAAUUCGGUCACUUUUAUAGCGGCAAUUGUUAUGUGUUUUUGUGUCGCUAUUGGGUUCCACUCGAGUCGGAGAACACGUCCAACGAAGACAACGACGAAGACGUUGAGGACGACUUCCAUUGCGUGGUGUACUUCUGGCAGGGAAGGGACGCCUCCAACAUGGGUUGGCUCACCUUUACGUUCAGUUUGCAGAAGAAGUUUGAGUCCAUGUUUGCCGACAAACUGGAAGUGACGAAAACACAUCAACAACAGGAGAAUCUGAAAUUUCUCUCCCAUUUCAAGCACUUUAUCGUACAUAAGGGGAAGCGAACGCCCGGCGCGGCCAACACUUACCGUCCCAACGAAGUGGAGUUCUUCCACUUGCGCUCAAAUAGCAAUCCAUUGACCCUCCGGUGCAUACAGAUUGACGCCAACGCAUUGGCGCUAAACUCUGCCUUUUGUUAUAUAUUGAAAUUACCGUCCGAUGGGAACAACGAGAUGGGAAUCACAUACGUAUGGAUUGGCGCCGAAGCCGACGAAGACGAGGCCCGUAUCGCCGAAGAGAUGGCCCUUCAGAUGUACGACUCGGACUACUUCGACAUAUCGAUCAUCGGUGAGGGCGAAGAGCCGCCACAGUUUUGGCAACAUUUGGGCGGACAGAAGCCGUACGAGAGGGACGCCGCUUACAUGCGUUACUCACGACUGUUCCGGUGCUCUAACGAGAGGGGAUACUUCGCGGUGUCCGAGAAGUGCAGCGACUUCUGUCAGGACGACCUCAUCGACGACGAUAUCAUGGUUUUAGAUAACGGCACACAAGUGUUCCUAUGGAUGGGC